GAUUUCGAUACAGCUGCCCCGCAGCCGUCAAGCGGGUUAGUCUCCCCGGCCCUGUUACUCCUUUAGGACCCGGUUGAGAAGGCUGUCGUGGAGCAGGAGCGGGCUGAGGAGGGGGCGGUAAGCCCCUCUCUCCGCUCUCGGAAUGGCGGCCGAGUUCCACCUGAGGACCGGCAAGUUGGUGGCGUUGCUGAACGGCAACCGCACGGCCAAGCGUAACAAGCCGACCGAGGAGUUCAACCACGGGCUGGCGAUGAGCCGAGAGCCGCUGGGGGACGGGCAGCUCUUCCAGGUCCGGAUCGACAGGAAGGUAAAUUCCUGGAGUGGCUCGAUUGAGAUCGGAGUGACUGCCUUGGAUCCCAGUACGUUGGAUUUCCCCAGCAGUGCCACUGGGCUGAAGGGUGGCUCCUGGAUCAUCUCGGGCUGCUCAGUGCUGCGGGAUGGGCGCUCAGUUCUGGAGGAGUACGGCCAAGAUCUGGACCAGCUGAGUGAGGGUGACAAAGUGGGCAUUCAACGGACUGCUGGGGGUGAACUGCACCUGUGGGUGAAUGGGCGAGACUGUGGGGUAGCAGCCUCAGGGCUGCCCCCACGGGUUUGGGGCGUGGUUGACCUGUACGGCAAGUGUACUCAGGUGACCGUGUUGGGCUGUGACACCAUCUCUCGACGGGAAGAAACACGGAGACCCACUGCCACUGCCGCCACCACCACGACCACCACCAGCACUGAUGAAGGUUUUGUUGGGAUGGAGCUGUCGGAUGUUGUGAACAAUGCUAUUCUCUCAGCGUACAGUGGUAGCUUGCUGAACGUCAGCCUAGGCAGCCCGCUGGAUGGCAGCUGCUCAGUCACUUCCAACGAUGCCCUUCUCUUCCACGAGAAGUGUGGCACCCUCAUCAAGCUCAGCAACAACAACAAGACAGCCGAGCGUCGCCGCCCGCUUGACGAGUUCAACAAUGGCGUCGUCAUGACCAACCGCCCAUUGAGGGACAAUGAGAUGUUUGAGAUCCGGAUAGACAAGUUGGUGGACAAGUGGUCGGGUUCGAUCGAGAUUGGUAUCACUGUGCACAACCCAAACAAUUUGGACUACCCAGCAACAAUGACCAAUCUCCGUUCAGGAACAAUUAUGAUGAGCGGCUGUGGAAUUCUAACCAAUGGGAAGGGGACACGAAGGGAAUACUGUGAGUUUAGCCUGGAUGAGCUGCAGGAAGGAGAUCACAUUGGACUCAUGCGAAAGUCCAAUGGGGCUUUGCAUUUUUACAUAAAUGGCAUCGAUCAAGGCGUUGCUGCCACCCAGACUCUGCCCACUGUUUACGGGGUGGUGGAUCUCUAUGGCAUGGCAGUGAAAGUGACCAUUGUCCACAACCACAACCACUCUGACCGACUGCGCAGGAACAACGCCAUCAUGCGGGCUCUGUCGCCAGACGUGGGGCGGCGAGUAUUCGACUCAGGUGACACCGAGGUGGAGCGGCUGCUCUUCCAUCCCAACUGUGGGCAGAAGGCAGCGAUCGUGUGUGAUGGCAGGACAGCACUGAGGCCCCACGCGACAGAUGAUUUCAACCACGGGGUGGUACUCAGCAACCGUUCCCUCAGGAGCAAUGAAAUCUUCCAAGUCCGUAUUGACAAGAUGGUGGACAAGUGGGCGGGAUCCAUUGAGAUUGGCGUGACUACCCACAAUCCUGCUUACCUUCAGUUACCAUCAACCAUGACCAAUCUCCGUUCUGGUACUUGGAUGAUGACUGGUAACGGUGUGAUGCAUAACGGGACCACAAUUCUUGAUGAGUACGGACACAACCUUGAUCGACUGAAGGCGGGUGACACCGUUGGCGUUAUGCGCAAGGAUGAUGGAAGUUUGCAUUUCUUUGUGAACAAUGUGGACCAGGGUCUUGCAGCAUCCAACGUGCCGUCCAGUGUUUAUGCCGUUGUGGAUCUGUACGGCCAAGCUGCCCAAGCCACUAUCAUUGAUGAUAUAGAUCUGCCGCCUCUGCCCGAUGAGCCUUUGGAUGGCAACAACCAGAUCUCUCCCUGCAGCCUCUUCUCACUAACCCCCAGCAAUGACCUCCGCUUCCACCAUCUCCAUGGCAAUAAUGCUGUGAUCACUAACGGUGGCCGCACUGCCUUUCGGCAGAACUGCCGCAGCGAAUUCAAUGAUGCUAUUGUCAUGUCCAGCAGAGCAUUGAGGGAAGGAGAGAUGUUUGAAAUAUUGAUUCAGAAGAUGGUAGACCGGUGGUCUGGAUCCAUCGAGGCAGUUAAUAUUGAGACUCCCCCUUAUUUAGGAGUUACAGCAAUCCGUCCGGAGGACCUCGAAUUUCCCAGCACUAUGACAGAUAUAGACUAUGACACUUGGAUGUUGAGUGGCACAGCUAUUAUGCAAGACGGGAACACGAUGCGCAACAAUUAUGGCUGCGAUCUGGACUCAUUAACCACUGGCUCGCGAAUUGGGAUGAUGCGCAGCUCGAAUGGUGACCUCCAUUACUACAUCAAUGGGGUGGAUCAGGGAGUGGCGUGCUCAGGCCUACCGCCAGAGCUUUAUGCUGUGGUUGAUCUAUAUGGACAGUGCGUCCAAGUAUCUAUUACCAGCGGCUCACCACCUGUGGACAAUAGCCUGUCACUGAGCAAUGCCACAGAGAAGUCCUUCCCAAUACAAUCCCCAGUUCCAGGAAUCGCGCACCGAUUCCAUUCCAACUGCGGGAAGAACGUGGCAUUGCAGAAUGACGGAUGUCGAGCUGUUCGGAUCCAUGGCUUUUCCCAUGGAGUUGUCCUAAGCAUGAAGGAGUUGAGGUCUGAUGAGCUCUUCGAGGUUAAGAUUGAUGAGAUCAACGAACAGUGGUCUGGUUCUCUGCACAUUGGGCUGACUACCCUUCAGCCUUUGGAUGUCUCCUGUUCCUCCUCCGGGCUUCCGUCUUCGUUACUGGAGCUGAGGUCAAAAGUCAGCUGGCUGGUCAGUGGCUCUGAGAUCAGACGCAACGGAAUGCUACAGAAGCAGAACUACGGUUUCUCGAUGGAACGGCUGACGGUUGGCAAUCGAGUUGGAGUAAAGCGUGCCAGUGAUGACACCAUGCAUAUCUUCAUUGAUGGAGAGGACAUGGGUGUGGCAGCAGCAGGCAUUGCUAAGAAUGUUUUUGCAGUGGUGGACUUGUACGGUAAAGUUGCAUCGGUGUCCAUUGUGAGUUCCAGCGUGCUAGAGGAAGCAGAGAGUACGAAACCACCCUCUAUGUCCUCGGACAGUGGCAGUGAGGAGGAAGAAGAGCUGAGCCCUUGUGAGAAUGAAACAUCAGUCUUCAUGGCCACCGUUGAGUUCAUGGAGAAUCAUGGCAGAAACAUCUUGUUGUCCAACAUUGGCCACACUGCCACCCGAGUGGCCAGCUACAACCAAGGCGUGGUGGCAUCUGCUCAGCCAUUACCCCGGCAACUGCUGUUUCAGAUACAGAUUGAUCGUUUAAACCCACAGUGGACAUCUUCACUCUCACUAGGUGUGAUUGGAAACUCCCCUGAACGGUUUAAUUUCCCAGGCACUGCUUCAUCGAUCAAACGCUCUGCAUGGCUGAUCCAGCGAGAUUCUGUUUUUCACAAUUCAUUAAAGAUUUGUGACAAUUAUGGUCCCAACUUGGAUACAUGCCCUGAGGGAACCAUUCUUGGACUCCUGGUAGAUAAUGCACACAGUCUUCAUCUGUUUGUUAAUGGAAUGGACCAAGGUGUAGCUGCCCAAGACAUUCCCAAUCCAUGUUUUGUUGUGAUUGACCUGUAUGGCCAGUGCGAGCAGGUUACCAUAGUGACCAAUGACGCCAUGGCUAUAGGAGGUGAUAGUGGCCAUUUACGCUGCCAAGGUGAUGUGGAAAAAGCUGAUGUCGUCGAUGGUAUUAAGGAGAAUUUGUGCUGGACACCACCACCUGAAGUGAAUCCCAUGAAAACCUGUGAAUAUCAGGCCCUUUGUGCAAGAUUCAAGGAACUCCUCCCACUGCCAGAUGGUUACUUCGACGAGGAGCUGAAGUGCAACCUGUGCUACUGUGAAUCCUGCCACAAACUGCGUGGAGAUGAAGCCUACUACAAGCGGGGUGACCCGCCAAAGGACUACGCCCUUCCAUUCGGAUGGUGCAGGUUCGCACUCAGGCUGAAUCCACGCUGUGAAGUUGCUAAUGUCUACAAGAAGUGGCACACAGCGUAUCAUGGAACGUGUGUGGGCUCCCUGCGACGAACCUUGGAUCACGGGGAGCUGGUAUCAGCAGGGAGCUCCUCGAUCUUCUGCACCAAUGAGGCUAAAGUUGAGCUCCAGAAUGGAUACAAUGAUCCUGAGGAGAACAGUAUUCAGGAAAAGGACGUUGUAAAAGUCAGCCUCUCUCCAACAAUGCGAUAUAUUGGUCUUGACCGGUUCUGUCCUAAAAUACGGUUCAAGGACCUGAAAUCCCAACGACAUCACCAUGCUCAAGUGGCCUUCCAGGUGUGCGUGCGGCCAGGAUCGUAUAAGGUGGGCCCACAGUCUGUGGGGGCCAGUGAGUCAAUCGAUCCCAGGUUCAGCAACAAUGAAAUCGAGUGGAUCACCAAGGAGAGAGCCUCAACGGUCCUUUAUGGCCUGUUAAUCCGUGUGGAAUGAAGGAUUUCCCAUCUAACCCACCUGCCCCUGUGAACCUCUGGAGGAGAGAAAGACUGCGAGCAUGGACCAAACCCUAGGGGAGCAGGGGAUGAUCCCACUUUGGUGCUACAGCAACAGUGGUGUAUUGGGUGGGGUUUGGGGUGGCGAGAGAGCACAGAGUUGGGACACAUUUGCACAGUUUUACACAAUUUGCUGUUACACCAGUGGAAUGCUGCUCUAUUGACUCUUAUGUUCAAAAGAGAAAAAAACACACACAAGAAAAAACCUCAAACUAAAAUGUUCAGUUGAGUUUAAUCUUGCAUUUUGGGGAGGUAUUCUUGUUAGGGACGGGUGUGGGCCCGGUUUCCACUGAGGUGAACAGUUUUGUAGGUUUGUUUUAUUUUCAGAAGAAGUUUCCAUUUAACUCCCUGGACAAUAGAAACUUGAGGCCUGGGCUGCACACAGCCUGAGGGACAGGCCAGAAGCCUGAUUCAUUACUAAAAUAUAGAACAUUUAACACUGGAGAUUUCCUCUUCUUGAGGGGGUUGGGAUUGGAAAGAGGGGGCACAGAAAGGUAAAAGUGUCCCCAUCGGAGGGACAGGUGUGUGCAAAUGCUAUAGCAACAUUUAAGGCAGCAAGACUUUCUUCUGAACUGUGCACAUGAUUGCAUGCCAACCACAGAAAAACUUACAAACACGUGUCAUGUGUGAGCUGCCAGGGCAGGGAAGGAUGGGCAUGACCAUGUGUUUGUCAGUAAAUUGGCUGGAAAGGGGGAAACGGUUACAUAGAUCUUCUAAAUCUGCCCAAAUCUCAGGAUGAAAGGGAGAAGCAAUAUGAGGGCAUGGUGUUGCCCCCUGUCAGUUGUCCCGGUUACUGCACCAAGGAAUCGCCAGAGACUCGAGUGUGAUGCAGCACCUCCAGCAAGUAAUUGCAGCCUGCCUUCACCCUCUGAGCUCAGCAACUGCAGUGUGGACUGGCACAUAUCCCAUUGUGAUCAGUGUGGGGUUUGUUGACAUAAGUUGGACUCCAUAGAAUCCCUGCAGUGUAGAAGCAGGCAGUUCGGCCCAUGGAGUCCACACCGACCCUCCGAAGAGCAUCCCAACACCACCCCCAUACCUGUAACCCUGCAUUUCCCAUGGCUGACUCUCCGACCCCACGCCUGCAACAUUCCUGGACACAGUGGGGCAAUUUUGCAAUGCCAAUCCAUCAUAACCUGCACAUCUUUGGACUGUCUGUUGGCUGCCUGUUGUCACCUUUCUGCCAUUUCAUGUUUGAUGUAAAGCUGCCAUUUAGUAUCUGGUGGAAAUUGGAAGGGAUCACAAUCUUAUGGGAUGGGCUAGCAGUUACGGGGUGAGUAUGACUGCAACUAAGGAAUGCAGGGAUAAACUGAGAAGGUCCCACUGCUGUAGUGUGAACUGGUGAAGACAACAGCUGACUGAAAACACCACCUGGACUUAUUUGAUGGCUUCAUGUAUUUUGCACUGGAAGGUUUUUUUUCACCAAUGCAGACCUUCUUGCGAACAAAGCAGACUGCUUUAAAACGUUAACUCAAAAUGCAUGUGCAUAUGUUGUAACUUGUUCAUGUUUAGGCUGUGACGCGCAGGAAGCUGGAAGAGAAAUGGGAUUGAUGGAGAGGUUGGAGUCAUUCCUGGGCUGUGUAUAUCCUACACCCCAUUCAGACAUACUCUAGACAAUCAGUUCUGCUGAGUUGUUUAGCCCUUCACAGUCUAAUGUCAGACUAAAUGCAAGGUCACCUACUCUCCGAUCAUUUACCACUUCAAGCCAUGUGGCUGAUUUAUCCUUUCAAGAGCAAUUUUUCAACAGUUUUCAAAUUUUCUGUGAUGAAUAAUCCUGACUGGAAGCAGUUUUCAGAGUGGGAGUUGGCACUUUUAAUAGAGAUGGUAAGUGUCCAUUGGUGUUUAAACUGAAUUAAUAUAACACUGUCAGAGGAAUAUAAGACUGCAGUCUGGAAACUUUUUAAGUUACAUGAGAUUCUUCAUUUUCCCUUGCUUCUUUUUCCUUCCUUCAACUUGACCUUCCCUGGCAAGGUGUCUUACUAGCUAGAUGCACAUCCCCUCUUAUUAAAGUGAUUUAAUCACAUUCUGUUCUUUAGCCUGGGGAACCGUGAGGGUUGGGAGAAGAGAGAAGGAAGUGGAACACUGCAGUCGAUGGUCAGAGACUAAUAAAAAAAAUCGCCAAACAUGCUGGAGAAACUCAGCAGGUCUGGUAGCACCUGUGGAGAGAGAGAGAGAGAGAGAGAGAGAGAGACAGAGUUCACUUCUCAAGUUGAGUAUGACUUCAGAAGAAUUGUCAUAAUGGACUCAACGAGGACUGUUUCUCCACAGACAUUGCCAGAUCGCCCAAUUUUCUCCAGCACUCUUUUUUUCCCCCCAAAGUUUCAAUAUCCACACUGUUUUAUCUUUAUUGUAAUGGAGACAUCUGUAUUUCUCUCCCUCUUCCUUUACCGAUGAGAGUCUGUUUUUAACAAAAAAGGGAACAAAUGAUUUUCAGAGACAAUUACGUUCAACAUUCACAAAAGUUUAUUUCAAAGGAAAUGUCUUGCUGUUCAAGGAUCUACUUUUAGAAUGUAAGCAGGUUGAGACUUGUGGGAGUGGCACGAGGAGUUUCCACCUCAAGGUGUGCAGUGAUUCAAGGAGAGCUUCUACCAGGGACCAAGGAACGUGCCCUGUCCAACAUUGUCCACACCCCAAAAAAAUUAGAUCUGCGGUUUCCUCUAUCCAGAACUGGCAAAUGUUUUUAGAGAGUUUGUCUCCUCAACUGUUCCCAGGUAUUUAAACACCAAGGAAACAAGAGUAGGCUAUUCAGCCCCUUGAAAUUUCUGUAUCCUGUUAGAUUAUGUGCCCGCCCUUCAUCUUAGUUGCCAUCUGCCAACCCUUGCUGUAAUUUGAAGCCAAAACGAGUAUUGGUAACAGCAUUACCAAGGAGAAUGCAGCAGUUAACGAUAAAUUAACAGUAAAAUGCCAGGUUUUGUAUAAAGCCUAGCAGUUGAUUAUAAAUAAUCAUAACUAUUGCAGUGACUAUCAUCUCAAAAGUCUGUGAUUGGCUUAAAAUGGUUUGGAAUGCCCAGGAGUUGAGGUACCACAUUAAAACAAUUGUUUCUUUCUAUUAACACUGCCACUUAGCUCAGAUGCCACUGUUGGAUUAUUCUUAAAAUUUAGUGGAGAGAAUACCAGCCCAGACUAUGCAGCUUUAUAUUUAACUAUAACACUUACCAUGUUCCUCACAGCAAGCUGGAACUUGACUUGCCUGAUUUCUCCCUGUAUCAUUAUCCUAUUCCAGCUUGAACCAGUAUAACAACUGUAGUCAAUGUGGUAGUUUGUCACUUCUGAAAAGGUCCUCUCAAAUUUGUGUUUUCUUUGGGUUUGAAGAGACUUCAUCUGUUUCAAGGACCAGCCCCUCUUGCUGGUUGUGGAGCACUGAGCACAAUGCUUCGGGGUCCAUCAUCAGCUGCUUCAGCCUGUGCUGAUAUUUCAAUGUGCACUUUGUAAAGGGAGGGGGAUGAAAUGUUUGGCAGAGGGGGUGGUGGAGCAUUUCACUUUUGCAACCUACGUCCCUUCAGAUGAAGACUAAUGUUUCAUAGUGUUUAUGAUUUACUUGCGAGACCAGUGCUAUCUUCGUCGUCAAAACACUUCCAAUUCCUUGAUUCUACGACAGAUUCUCUUUACCUUGGUCAUGAAGAAAACAUUCUGUUUAGUCUUCUGCUGAUUCAGAGUCUGCUUUGGUUUGUUUGACUUUUCUUUCCAUACCCCUUCUGUAACCACUUGACUUUUGGGAUAUCGAGUAUCACUGACUAGACCAGUAUUUAUUGCUAAUUCCUAAAUGGCCAGAGGGCAGUUUGGAGUCAAUGACAUUGCUGUGGGUCAGGAGUCAUGUAGAGCUGUUGGGGAAAGACAACUUCCCAAAAGAACGUUCAUGAUCCAGAUGGCUUUUACAGCACAGGUGGUGAUGGUAUCGUUAAUCCAUAGACUCUGAUAGGGUUCUGCGCACCCGCAUAUAAAUCCCACCACGGUAAAUAGUGAGAUUUGAAUUCAGCAGCAUGUCUGGAAUUAAGAGUCCAAUGAUGACCAUGAAACCGUUGUCAAUUGUUGGGAUAAAAGCCCAUCUGUUCACUCAUGUUCUUUAGCAAAGGAAACUACCAUCAUGAUCUGCUCUAGUCCAGUCUAUAUGUGACUUCAAAUCCAUGGCAAUGUGGUUGACUCUUAACUGCCCUCUGGACUACUAACGACGGACAACAAAUGCCUCUCUAGCCAGCAUCACCCACGUGCUGUGAACGGAAAAAAUUAUUGAUGUGGUCACCAUCAGACAAACUUUUUAUUCCAGUUUUUCUUUUGCAUUGAAUUCCAAUUAUGCAAUCUUCCAUUUUGGGAUUUGAAUUUACAAUCCUAGAAGGUUAGCCUGGGCCUCUAGAUUACUCAUUUGGUGAAAUGACAGCUAUAUCACCACCACCCUGCAUUUGUUUUACCCUGACAAAGACAGGUUGUUUUUGCCCCAUUUGUCACCUCAAUUUCCAGUUCACCUUACAAGGUUGCCUCCAGUUUUGUCCACUUUCACACUUACUGACAAACUCUUGUAUAGGUCCUGAGACCGUGUUCAAAGCUGCUGUUUUAAUGCCCUGCUGAGUAAAUGCUGCAGUGUCACAGGUGCUGUCUCUCCAUGAAGACAUUAAGUCAAGACUCCAUCUGCCUUCAGAGGUGAUUUUAAAAGAUCUCACAUCUGCAAUUGCAAUUAACUGCAGUGUCCUGGCUAAUCUUUAUUUGCUUCUACCAAUAUCACUAAAACAGGCCCUUUUACACCCAUUGGUCAUUGCAUUUUCUACAUUUGCAGCAGUGACCACUCAAUUACUCCAAUUGGUUGGGAAAUGCUUUUGAGAUGUGCUGAAGUUGUUCAUUGUAUAAAUGUAAGUUAGUCACACUUACCCAUUUCAAACUUCCUGCUGAACCGGAUGAUGACAUGAUUGGCAAGCUACCACUGGCAUUUGAUCUUCAGCCAAACAACUUGAAUGACACCACAAGCAACUUGAGCUUGGACUGAUUUAUCCAAUUUUGUCAAAGGUAAUACAGAUUCCUUUUCCCCUUUCAAAUAUUUGAAGGUUCCUAUUGAUCUUUUUUAAUACUUUCACAGAAUGGGAGUAUUAAUGGAAUCUGUUACCCAUCCCCAAUUACCCUUAAGAAGCUGGUGGGGAGCUACCUUCAUGAAACAUUACGGACCAUGGGUGGAUCAAUACUAGUGCUGUUAGGAAUGGAGUUUCCCCAGGAUUUUGACCUAACAACAUGAGGGAACUCUGUGUAAUUUGAAGUCUGGAGGAUUUAUGGCUUGGAGGGAACUUGCAGCUUUGUCUCCAUGUAUCUGCUGCCUUUGUCGUUCCAGGUGGUAGGGGACGUGGGUUUAGAAACUCAUGAGUUGCUGCAGUGCAUCUUGUAACUGGUACACACUGCUGCUACUCUGCAUUUACAGUGAAAAAUGUAAAUCUUGAAUGUAGUAGGAUGCUUUGUUCCGAAUGAUGUUGAGUCUCUUGAGCGUUGUUGGAGCUGCACUCAUCCAGACAAGUGGAGCACGUUCCAUCGUGCCCCUGGCUUGUGCCUUGCAGACAAUACUAAGGGACUGCUGGAGGUGCAGACUGUGAGAUGGAAUGUUAAACGGUGUCCCAACAUACCUGCUCAGAUUGAUGUGCAAAAUCCUACUGCUAUUUGGAGAAAAGCAGGUGAAUUAUGCACUGUUAAAGUUUCGAGUCCAGUGGCCCUCCUUCAGAAUGUUUUGUAAAAGGACACUGGACUCAGUAUUAACACAGCUUUCACUCCACAGCUCCUGCCAGAUUUGCUGAAUUUUUCCAGCAAUUUCUCUUUUUGUUUCAGAUUUCCAGCAUCAACAAUUCUUUGUUAUAUUUUAGAGUUGUGCACUGUAUUUGGCCAACAUUUAUUCGUCAAUCAGCAUCACUAAAAUAAUCUGGUCAAUGUUACAUUGUUGUGUUUGGGAGGUACAAUGUACAACAUGUUUGCUGUAUUUCCAACAUGAUUCCUGUGACUAAACUUUGAGAUGUCUGGCAGCUGUGAAGAUAUUUCUUUUCACAGUAACCCUCCCAAAAAUCAGAAAAUGAAGGGAAAAGGGGAUGAUCCCUAUGAGAGUUCCACUGUCUGGAAUGUCCAUAAGUUACAUAGAAUCACAAAACUAUUACAAUAUGAAGGAGGCCAUUCCGUCCUUUGUGUCCAUACCAGCUCUUUGCAAGAGUACAUCAAGUAUUCCUACAACCACUCCUACCCCUCACACAUGCACAGACUUCCCCCUAGCCCUGCAAAUAUUUUCUGUUUAGGUGCUUCCAGUUCGCUUUGGAAAGCCAUGGUUUGAUCUGUAAUAAUAUUAAGAUAAAACAAGUUUUUUUUCAAUAAACAUUUC